UAGAUCAAGUAGGGGCUGUAAGUCCCACAAAGAAGUCCAAGAUGGACUUCGACGACAUGCUUGAGGAGUUAGGGGAAAUGGGGAAGUUUCAGGUGACAACUUACACCCUCGUUUGUUUACCGGUACUUUUUGCAGCAGCAAAUAGCUUAAGCUACGUUUUUACUGCUGGAGUUCCGAAUUAUAGGUGUUUUAUACCGGAAUGCGAAGAAGCAGGCAACACGCAUUACACCACGCCUUGGACCCACUGGGCUUUACCCAGCAGUUCUGGGCAGGGAGUUUUAGAUACGAAAUCUCGCUAUUGUGACAUGUAUAAAGUUGAUACUACAAUAUAUAAUGCGACUGGAGUAUGUAGUGCAGAUAUUUUUACCAGGGAAGUUACCAAAUGUGACCAAUGGGUGUUUGAUGACGCCGAAAAAACUAUAGUGAAUGAAUGGAAUUUGACAUGCGUUGAAAACCAAUGGAAAUUAUCACUGGUGGGUUCAUCUCACUUUGCUGGGAUCAUAGUGGGUUCGGGAUUGUUUGGUGUUUUGGCCGAUAGAUAUGGAAGAAAAAUAGUUUUUGUCGUUUGUAUUUUGAUUAUGAGUUUAUCGGGGAUGCUUCAAGUUUUGGCGCCAGAGUACAUAAGCUUCGUGGUGCUGAUUUUUAUUAAUUCUUUGGGCACUUCCGGGGUUUAUCCUUUAGCGUUUAUUAUAGGGGUUGAAAUGGUGGGCAAAAAAAAGCGCGAACUAACGGGUAUAGUUUUAAACUAUUUUUAUGCCGUUGGAGAAGCCCUGGUGGCUUUAUUCGCUUGGUACACGAAAAACUGGAUAUACUUGCAACUAAUAGUUUCUGCGCCACCUGUAUUAUUUCUGGCGUACUAUUGGAUGGUUCCAGAGUCGGUGAGAUGGCUUCUGGCGAACGAAAAAAAUGAAAGCGCGAAAAAAAUAAUCUGCAGAGCUGCCAAAGUGAAUAAAGUCAGCCUGUCGAAAUCCCUGAUGGAUUCGUUUAAAGAGGAAGAAAUUAAUGGAAAAGAAAAUGACUUGGACGAAGAGCCAAGAAUUUUACCGGUCAUUAAAGAGAUGAUUUGCUGUAAAAAAUUGGUUAUAAGAUUUCUCAUAAUGUAUUUUAUAUGGGCUGUCAAUGCAUUUGUUUACUACGGUCUGUCAAUAAACUCGACGAGUUUGAGUGGAGACAAGUACAUAAACUUUGCCUUAGUAAGUCUAGUGGAAAUACCGGGCUAUACACUGGCCUGGGUGGCCAUACAAAAAAUCGGCAGAAAAUAUGGACUUAUUUUGUCACUCUUAUUGAGUGGACUCACAUGCACAGCGACCAUUUUCUUACCAGCAGAUACCGAAUGGCUUGUAAUUUUACUAUUUCUGCUCGGGAAGUUAGGAAUAACAUCCUCAUUCGGUAUAGUCUAUGUUUAUACAGCCGAAUUGCUACCAACAAUCGUGAGGAGUGGUGGGGUGGGUUCCGCAUCGACAGUAGCCAGAGUUGGGGCAUUGUUGGCCCCCUUUGUGCCCCUGCUGGGUACGUAUUUUGCCCCACUACCAAUGCUUCUAUUCGGUGGUACCGCUUUAACAGCGGGAAUUUUGGCGCUUAAAUUGCCUGAAACUUUGGGUAGCAAGCUGCCUGAAACCGUGAGAGAAGCAAAAAUGUUGUAGAUUUUUUUGUGUGUGUAAUAAUAUAAUUUUUAUCUCGA